GCGGGCGGGUUGUCGCAGAGCCCCCGCCCCCUUCGCCUGCGCCGGGCGCGGGCCCUGGGCGGUUCGCCGGGCGGGCAGAGCCGCGGGAAGGGCGUCCCGGGCAGAGGCGGCCGCGAGGCUCCGUGGCAGGGAAGGUGACGAGCUGCCUUUCGCCGCCAGCCGGAGACCAGGACACGCGGCGCUCCAGCCCGCCGCCCGCGAUCGCUGAGCGCACGAGAUGGCAGCCGCCGGCGCCCGCGGCCUGCGGGCCAGCUACCACCGGCUCUUGGAUAAGGUGGAGCUGAUGCUGCCGGAGAAGCUGCGGCCGCUGUACAACCACCCGGCAGGCCCCAGAACAGUUUUUUUCUGGGCUCCAAUUAUGAAAUGGGGGUUGGUGUGUGCUGGGUUGGCUGAUAUGGCCAGACCUGCAGAAAAACUCAGCACAGCUCAAUCUGCUGUUUUGAUGGCCACAGGGUUUAUUUGGUCAAGAUACUCACUUGUAAUUAUACCAAAAAAUUGGAGUCUGUUUGCUGUUAAUUUCUUCGUGGGGGCAGCAGGAGCCUCUCAGCUCUUGCGCAUUUGGAGGUAUAACCAAGAACUAAAAGCUAAAGCAAUCAAAUAAGAGUUCCUGAUCACCUAAAUCUAGAUGUGGACAUAACCACUGGGACCUAGCUUAGUAUUUGAUUAUUUUAAGGCAUUGCUAGCUGUGCUAACAUUUGGAAGGCACACACACAAAAAAAAUCUUGCUGAAACUGGUAGCUAGUGCUUGAUUCCAUAGAAAAUAAAGUGAAUUUUAAUAAUAGUCUUUCUUUACACAUGACUUAGGGAACUUAUCUGUGAUAUUUUUUCUACCAUCUGUCCAUAAUAAACCAUACUUGGUCAUACA